AGAUUGCAAACUACAGCACCCGCAGUACGGACUUUAUCAAUGUCACGCUCCUUGACUCAAAAAGUUCCAUGCUCUUUGUGGAAACUGGGGCGACUCAAUCAUGUAGCAAUUGCGGUACCUAAUUUGGAGAAGGCCCAGUCUUUUUACAAGAGUGUUUUAGGAGCCCAGGUGAGUGAGACAGUUCCUCUUCCUGAACAUGGCGUCUACACUGUUUUUGUGGAGCUGGGAAACACAAAGCUAGAACUGCUGCACCCUCUGGGAGAAAAAAGUCCAAUUGCAGGCUUUCUGCAAAAAAACAAGGCUGGAGGAAUGCAUCAUAUCUGCAUUGAGGUUGAUGAUAUAAAAGCAGCUAUGACAGAACUGAAGGAAAAGAAGAUCCGAAUAUUGAGCGAAGAGCCCAAAAUAGGGGCGCAUGGCAAACCAGUGAUUUUUCUCCACCCUAAAGAUUGUGAUGGAGUCCUUGUAGAACUUGAACAAGCCUGAGCUGUAAUCCUAAAAGAUGAAACUAUGAACUAAUUGCAAAACUAAUGAGAUGGUGUUGGAAUUUGUAUUAUGCCUUGUACUGUGUAAAAGUCAUUGUACUUGAUUCUUUCUUGUUGAUUAAACACAUUACAGCUCUUAAGUUGUGAAAUGUGGGGAAAUAACACUACAUACAGGAGGAAGCUAAAGCACUGUUAACCCUCCUAGUCAUUUGGGGCUAUGACUUUUGUUUUGUUGUUCAGACCUUCAAAAAUAAUACAUUUAAAUGUGUUUGGAUUCCGUUAGACUAUGAAUUCAAACAGUAACAUGAGCUGAGGUACAUAUACAAGAUAUAGUCAUUUAUUUUUUGUUAUCACAGUUUGCAGCAUAAUUUUUAUAUAUAGAUUUCUAGGUUACCCCACAUAAUUUUGCUCUAUAUUACCCACUUCUAGAUGAUAAGAAGAUGGCUCAGAUAUUCCUGUAAGAAAGAAGUCUACAAGAGAACAUUUUAUUUUCUGUCUCCACCAUUAUAAGCAUUAUCUAAGCUUCACAUUGAUUGGUUCAUUCAAUUAUAGGAUCCUUGUGUUAUUGUAUGGAUGUCUGCGAUCGCUAAGCAACUGUUCUCUAUCAUAACAAUUGCUGCCAAGAAAACUGUUGUGUCUAAAUCACCAUUUUGUAGCUUUAUGUAUUACAUGUAUAUGAAAAAAAAAAUCAAGAUUGAUAGGGGAAUAAUUGGUUUAUUUUAAAUAUACUGUGAU